CCCGGGAAACCCCGUCGUUCCCUUUCCCCUGGCUGGCAGCGCGGAGGCCGCACGGACGCCCGGCGUGCUGCCGCCCCGCCCCCUGGAGCAGCGGCCACGUGCGAGCGGCAGGCCUGGACAUGCCCGAUCGGCGUGGUCCGGGAGCCCAGAGGAUCUGGUAGGCGAUGGAAGAUGCCUGGAGUUACUGUAAAAGACGUAAACCAGCAGGAGUUCGUCAGAGCUCUGGCAGCCUUCCUCAAAAAGUCCGGGAAGCUGAAAGUCCCCGAAUGGGUGGACACAGUCAAGCUGGCCAAGCAUAAAGAGCUUGCUCCCUACGAUGAGAACUGGUUCUACACACGAGCUGCUUCCACAGCUCGGCACCUAUACCUCCGGGGUGGUGCUGGGGUUGGCUCCAUGACCAAGAUCUAUGGUGGCCGUCAAAGGAAUGGCGUCAUGCCCAGCCACUUCAGCCGAGGUUCCAAGAGUGUGGCACGCCGAGUCCUCCAAGCCCUAGAGGGGCUAAAAAUGGUGGAAAAGGACCAAGACGGGCCUCAGAGGCAGGCAGGGGAUUCAGCAGAAACGCAAACAGUGAGAGCCUCACCCCGACCUCUCUGGCUGACUUCCUCAGACUCUGGGAAGGUAAUUUAGCGACUGUCCGCUUUC